AUGCUUAAAUUGAAAAAACUUCAAGAGAAAAAGCGUCAGGAACAACAAAUGUUGGAAUCCACAACAUCGUCAUCAUCAAGUCUGAGCAGCACUGGCUCUACUAGAGUAUUUCCUGCCAAAAUAAGAAUAGAAAGAGAUUUCAAAGAACUCAAAUCUUUGCCGAGAACCGUUACCAUCACUUUUCCGAUCGAAGAUGAUAAGAUGAACUUUAAUAUUAUUGUAAAGCCAAAUAGCGGUUUCUAUAAAGGCGGGAUAUUCAAGUUUGCCGUCAACAUCAAUGACAAUUAUCCUAUUGAUCCUCCUAAGGUAAAGUGUGUCCCUAAGAUAUAUCACCCUAAUAUCGAUUUGCAAGGCAAUGUUUGCUUGAACAUUUUGAGGGAAGAGUGGUCACCAGCUCUUGACAUGUACAACGUUAUCAUGGGUUUGGUUGUAUUAUUUAACGAACCUAAUCCGUCCGAUCCCUUGAACAAGGAAGCGGCGAAUACAUUAUCAAAAGAUAUUUCAAAAUUCCAAAGAAACGUCAAAGAAUCAAUGAAAGGUUACUACGUGCUAGAUGAAAAGUAUGAUGAUGUUAUACAUUAUUGA